AUGUGCACGCUGUCGACUUGCGACAUUAGCCUCUCGAAGAUCAAGUCAUACAUUGAUACUAUUGACGACAAAGAAGAGUGGGGCAACGGCGACCAGAUCGCUUGUAAUCUUUGCAGUGGAUGUUCCAACCCCGACAAGUGCGACGGCCUCUGUGCCUUCCCACAGAAGCUCAAGUCGGACGAGAAGGUCAAUGGCAGCCUGAUCAAGAGCAAGAUCAAUGACCUAGUCAAUCACAAAUGCGGUAGAUGUGGCAGCUGCCCUACUAAGCCGGGAAACGACGUUAACACUGGCGAGAUCACGGUCAACUACGUCACGUCUGGCUGCAAAGAGGGUGUCUGCGAUUACAAGCGCAAGGCUGCCCGCGAUGAGGUUGCUUCCAGCGUUACAGCCGACGAGACUGCUGACGAAGAUGUUCCUGUCGACCAAACUAUCGAUACCGACCUUCCUGCCGACCAGACUAUCGACGCCGACGAUCCCAUCGAUACAUUUCUUCCUCCCGGAACAUCCGAGAACGUACAUACCCUUAAGGCCCCUUGGGGUAUCAAUUGCAAAGGUAGCAGUCUAUGUCGUAUCUGCAAGGGGAGCCUCAGGCAGAUUCAGGAGACAUUAGCACUGAUGGGUAAGUACAUGCAACACACGUUCAGCUCCCUCCCCAUCAACGACUCAAAGAUUUUGGAUGUGGACGUAAGUUGGACUCUUCUGUCGCUGUUGUGA